AAGUGGCUGAAUUACAAUCACGUGAUCCAGGGACAUUGUGGCAACUACAAGGACCUACUACGGUAUCAUAAGUAUCCCUCAUUCGAGGCUGUGGAAACUGAAUGGUCGCUGAACAAGUGGUGCAAGAACUACCGGUGCCUUCAUCUCAGGAGCCAUAAUGGAAAUCGUUUCAUCCUGGAUCCCAGCUGUUGGCUUCACACUCUUGCCUAAUAUAGGGGGUUUUUUGACAGCCUCAAUAGUCAAGAGGGAAAUGAACUGGUACAGAUCCCUGAAACUGCCACCUUGGCGUCCACCAAACUGGUUGUUUGGACCUGCGUGGGUAACUUUAUAUACAGCAAUGGGAUAUGGAUCUUACCUGGUAUGGAGGGACUUGGGAGGUUUCAAUGAAAAGUCCUUUGCUCCGCUUGGGCUGUAUGUGGGACAGUUAGCCUUAAACUGGUCAUGGACACCUAUCUUUUUUGGACAACACAAAAUAGAAUUGGCGCUAUACGUUCUAUUACUCACUACAGGAGCAGCAACGGCUACAACAGUGUCUUGGUAUCAUGUGAACAAAACUGCAGCAUGUUUGAUGUAUCCAUACAUAGCUUGGUUAGCGUUUGCCUCUCUGCUCAAUUACCGCAUCUGGAAGGAUAAUUGUGAUAAAAAAAAAUAGGGAUAGUUUUUUUUUAAAAAAAGAAUGAGUACAAUUAAAGUUCAACCAUCAUUAAUUGCAUUUAUAAUUCCAUUUUCCCAUUGUUGUCUUAGUAGAUCAUGUUAAUAGAGAUUUGUGAAAUUAAAAAAACGGAAAACGA